UUCUCUCUGUCUCUCUCCAAUAGAUCUCAGAUUCUUCUUCUUCCUCGUCACUCCUCACUUCUCACGGAGGAAGAAGGAGCUGUCUGUCUGUCUGUGAGAUCAUCCCGCCACCCUCAUAAAAAGAUCCGACCUUUCACCCUCUCCCUGUAAUUCCUCCCAUUUCCAUUGCAGACCCAAUUCUCCACUUCCUUCAAUUCAAUAUCAUCACUGAGGAAAAUUUCUCCUGGACUGCAUUGCGGGGUCUCUAGGGUUUCCCCGCAAUCCGCCGGAGUCGGACGGACAUGGACCGAGACCCCUUGUCCUCCGACGAGGAGGACGACCGCCAAACUCUUAUUCACCAGAAUGACACCAAACCCAGCUCCACCCCUCCCCGCAGAUCCCAUUCCGCAUUCGACGUCGAAGACUUCCCCUCCCGGGUCCCCAUUCGCCGGUUCAAUAUCUCCCUCAAGCGACGGUACCUCAUGGCGAUUGUGCUCCCGCUCCUGAUCGUGGUCCUUUACCUCUUCACCGACAUCCGCAGCAUCUUCGCUUCGAAGUUCCCGACGUUAAAGCUCGGGUCUCUCGACAAUCGCAUGAGGGAGUCCGAGCUCCGGGCUCUGUAUUUGUUGAAGCAGCAGCAGCUGGGUCUUCUGGCAAUGUGGAAUCGGACGUUAGGUCCCUCGGCUAGUCAAAAUUCUAGCUUGAGUGGUGCGAAUUCGAGUGAAGCCAAACAGAAUGAUCGGUUCUUGGAGGAUUACAGGUCUGCUGUGCUCAGGCAGAUUUCUUUGAAUAAGGAAAUUCAGGAUGUUCUGUUAUUGCCGCAUCAAUCGGGGAAUUCGUCGCUGGAGAUAGGUGGCAGUGACUCGGGCGACCCGAGCUUCAGUGGGUUAGGUUUGGAUAGAUGUAAGAAGGUGGAUCAGAGGUUUUCGGAGAGAAAGACCAUUGAGUGGAAGCCGAAAUCGGAUAAGUUCUUGUUCGCGAUUUGUCUGUCAGGUCAAAUGUCGAACCACCUGAUCUGCCUUGAGAAGCACAUGUUCUUCGCGGCCCUGCUUAACAGGGUUCUGGUCAUUCCUAGCUCAAAAGUAGAUUACCAGUACAACAGGGUGUUGGACAUUGAUCAUAUAAACCAAUGCUUGGGAAGGAAGGUUGUUAUGACAUUCGAGGAUUUCUCAGACAUUAAGAAGAACCACUUACACAUCGAUCGGUUCAUCUGUUAUUUCUCGUUGCCGCAGCAUUGUUAUGUGGACGUUGACCAUGUUAAGAAGUUGAAGGGGUUGGGGAUCUCGAUGGGGAAGCUCGAGUCUCCUUGGGUUGAGGAUGUGAAGAAGCCCAAUAAGAGGACGAUUCAGGAUGUUCAGGCGAAGUUCUCGUCUAAUGAUGAUGUUAUCGCUAUCGGAGAUGUUUUCUUUGCUGAUGUGGAGCAAGAGCUGGUGAUGCAGCCCGGUGGCCCACUUGCUCACAAGUGCAAGACUUUAAUCGAACCCAGUCGGCUUAUAAUGCUCACUGCGCAGCGGUUCAUUCAGACGUUCUUGGGGAAGGAUUAUGCUGCUCUCCAUUUUCGGAGACAUGGGUUUUUGAAGUUCUGCAAUGUUAAAAGCCCAAGUUGUUUCUACCCAAUUCCUCAAGCUGCUGACUGCAUUAGCCGGCUGGUUGAGAAGGCUAAUACACCGGUCAUAUACCUUUCCACGGAUGCAGCAGAAAGUGAAACUGGUCUGCUUCAGUCACUGAUUGUGGCGAAUGGUAGGGUUGUGCCCCUGGUGAAGCGACCUGCUCGUAAUUCGGCUGAGAAAUGGGACGCUUUGUUGUAUAGGCAUGGCCUUGAUGGAGACUCCCAGGUGGAAGCUAUGCUAGACAAGACGAUCUGUGCCAUGUCUACCGUCUUCAUUGGAGCAUCAGGUUCGACGUUCACUGAGGAUAUACUUCGGCUACGGAAAGACUGGGGAUCAGCCUCUGUCUGCGACGGAUACCUCUGCCAAGGAGAAGAACCGAGCUUCAUAGCAGACAACGAGUGAAAAAUUCGGAAUCAGCUCAGCAGAAUUUUAAGAUCUGCUAUCACAGUUAGUCGCGCCGCUGUUCCUGACCAAAAUCUCAUUGCCUGCAGAUAGAUGAGCUAAAAACUUGGUACUCUGGUGUAUGAUAGUGUCAUUCAUAUUCUGUGCAUAAUUUUUUUUAUCCAUUUCAUUCUUUUCCUGUUUCCAGCCGGGAGACUGGUUCUACUCGAACUCUUCGAUGCGGCUUUCGGGUUCUCAUGAAGUUUUACCUAGAAACAGAUAUAAAAAAUAAACAGUAUUCCUUCUUAUUA